AUGGCGGCCACGCUGAUUUCGGUGCUGCACAACGACAGCCAGGAGAACGCGGUGGUGGCGCUCAAGGUGGUGGUGGACCUGCUGAGGACAUUCAAGGUGGAGCUGGAGGAGGCAGCCGUGCAGCUGGUGGAGUGCUUCGUCAAGCUGUACUCCGGCCUGGAGGACGCAUUCGCCUUCUACUUCGGCACGUUCAGCAGCGAGAGCGUCACGUCGCAGUGGGACGGAGAGCAGACCCUAGACCAGCAGCCCGCGAAGCGGUCCUUCAGGCUGGUGGCAGAGUGCCCCAUUUCAGUGUUGCACCUGAGCCAGCUGUACGGCGACCGAAUCAGGCAUCACGUCCGGCCGCUGCUGAAUCUGAUGGUGCAGCUGCUGGGCAAGAAGAUCCCAACGGAGGUGCCCCAGACCCUGGCGCAGGUGUACAGGGACAUGAAGUUCGCGCAGGUGAAGACCAUCGCCUUCAUGGCGCACUACAUCAGGCAGGCCGCAGUGCUGGUGCAGCCCUUCGAGGAGGCCAUAUGCGACGGGCUGGUGAACCUGCUGCACACCUGCCCUGACGUGGUGAUCUGGAGGAAGGAGCUACUCAUAGCCACCAGGGCUGUGCUGGCGACGGAUUUCAAGAAGGGGAUCAAUGCAAGGUUGGAUGACCUGCGUGAAGAGGAGGCGCUUGUAGGAAGGUCCUGGGAGUGCUACGAAGCUUUACGGCACUAUGGCUAUGCCGUUUUUGCAGAGAUUGCCCACCAAACGCGCAGAAAUUUGAAAAUAUCGCAGUUAUCUUGGGUGGUGCACCGGAGCUGUUGCAUCAUUAAUGACGCGGCAAGACCACCGAGCUCGCACAGCACGGCCGUCAGACUGCUGGGAAACUUGGUUGAGGUCAUCCACCAGAACCGGAAUGACUCUGAUACAGCAGUGCAGAACAAGAGCAGGGAGCUCCUAAGAAAGAUCCUGGACUCAUUCGUCAUCAAACUGAACCACAUUGGCCAAUCUGGGCAGCUGACGUCAGAGGUCCGCAACCUUCUUCAAAAUAUUUUCAUUGGUUUGCGCACUGUUCUGUACAGCCUCACAGCAUUCACACAGUCAGGCGCCCUCAACCAGGCGACAGUGUCCUCCACAAAGCCAACAUUGCUGGAGGAGGAGAUCAGGCUCGCUGUCAGGAUCAUAAAGGGAGGCAUACAGUGUCUUCGCCUGUGCAACAAGAAUGGCGGCAUAGCAAAUACAGUGGAUUUGUUCACCGAGGUGUUCCGACUAAUGCAUCCCAAAGAUUUUGUGGAGCUCAUGUCCUCUCGAAUGGACUACCUGUUUGACAACUUGCUGGCCGAGCCGGAGCUCAUGUCGUUUGUGGCGUUGCUGCUGGAUAAGAAAGCUGAUCAGGCAGUGGACAAGAAGCUUAUAAGCAUCCAUUUCAUGGAGAUCCUGGGGUCCUAUCUGGUGGAGCACAAACUCCACUGUCUUGCCAGACCGGAGUCCAAGGAAGCCCAACUUGUGCAGAAGAUGUUCAAAUUCCUCUUUCAGAUGUUGGUGCACAAAGAUGUGAGCCGCAUGCUGGGAGAUGCAGAAGGGAAGUCGUUCUCUUUUGUCUCCACCCUGACUAGUCUGGUGGAGAAGUGCCUUGCACUGGUGGAGGAAAAGCCAAAUCCACUGGGAUACCUUCAGCUGCUCCUAUACCUCUUCAAGCUGUUGCACAAGUUCAAGUUAUUGUUCCAGGAGCUUGUGCCAUUGAUGCAGCCAGCAUUGACUCUUUUCUUGAGCUUGCUCGAUGGUCCUGAUGUGGGAGUGGCUAAAGAUGUGCUGGUGGAGCUCUGCCUGUUGCUGCCGCUGGAACUUGAAAAGAAGUAUCCAGUGCUGCCAAAGCUUAUGAAACCGUUGGUAAUGGCACUCAAGGCAGAGUCGACUCCCGGGAGACAGGGGUUUGAUGAUAUUGUGGCACUGGGCAUUGCCACCAUGGAAGAAUGGGUGGAUCGUUUGAACCCAGAAUUCUUGGAACCAGCCAUGGCAAGUGUUGUGGAGGACUUGAAUCUUGCUCUCUGGUCCCACCUCAGGCCUUCUCCCUAUCCUCUUGGGCUCAAGGUCCUCCAAUUGCUUGGCAAGCUGGGAGGCCGCAAUCGCCGCUUCCUAAAGGAACCCCUGCACCUGGAGUGCAAGGAAAAUCCAGAACUUGGACUUCGAUUCAUCCUCACCUUUCAACCCGAACCCAAGUUCCUUGUGCCAUUGGACAAGUGCAUAGCAUUGGCCAAGAAGGGCUUGUUCUCCGUGGCAGGGAAUGGUUCAGGCCAAAACGUUUCUUACUACCAGCAGCAGGCCUUGAAGUUCCUUAUUGUUUGCCUUGCUUCCAUGAUGAACUUGCGCAUUCAGCAGGAUGGGCAGCCACUAAACGUGACAGUUGCUGGCUUAAAGAAGAUGAUCAUGGAGGGGCCAGGCACAUCACAGCAAGAUGGGUCCCAGAGUAAGGAAGAGCAUGGAGCCAAAACCAAGUCGCAAUUGGCAGCAGAGAGACAAGUACUUGUUACCCUGAUCAGUACAGUCAUUGGCGCGAUUGCCAAUGAAGAGCUUCGAGAUAUUGCGGAGCCCUUUGCUGUCGGUGUCUGCCGCCAUUUUGCCAUGCUGUUUGCUGCCGGUGUCGGCACGCCAUCCCCAGCCACAAGACCACUUCGGGGGGCUGAGAACAGCAGGUCAACCCAUGGGCCAGGCACAAAAGACCUGGAUGCAAGGCUCUUUCUGGACGCUCUGGUCGAGGUGCUGUCAGAUGCAAACCCAAGGAUUGCUAGGACAGGGGAAAUCGCCCUCGCAAAGUUUUUGAAGAUCUUGCUUCAGCUGCAUCGAGCAAAGCACAAGCUUUCACCUGGGGAAGAUGGUGUGUUGAGUGCCUUGGAGAAGGGUGCCCUGGAGGACUCGCAGUCUUCGAGUACACACUCCAGGGUAAGGCAGUUCGUUCCCAUCGCCAAAGACCUCAACUUGCCACUGGUGCUGGACGACCUGCUGCCACGCAUAAUCCACUGCUGCUAUGGUGACGAGUGGCCACAGAGGAUCGGAGGUAUCCUUGGGGUCCGAGCAAUCAUCGCCGAGUUGCCCCCGGUGUACAUCCUCUGUUGCGGCUCGCAGCUUGUCCAUGCACUGUUGAACGUGUUGCGCUGCCUUCCGGGGUUUGCUGUUGCACAGAAGAACAUCAUCAAAGAGACUUUGUCGCACCUCAUACAGAGGACUCUGGGACUGGAACAGGAGUCUGGACAAGCCGCGGACGCACAGAGGCUGUGUGAAUACAAGCCUGUGAAGGACAUGAUAUCAACCCUUGCGAGCUUGACUCUGUCCAAGGACACCAUCCAACUGGUGCGUUGUCAGGCACAGGUGUGCAUCGAGCAGGUGGCAGGUGCGCUGGGCAGGAGCAUCCCUGAGCUGCUGGACUCGUCUGUAAGGCAUGUGAAGAUGGCCCUGGAUGAGUGGAGACACACAUACAACAAGGCACGCCAUCAGAGAUAUCUGCACAUGGAUGGGUUGUCAAGGUUGUUGGCUUUUGCCAUCAACCUCCGCCUGCCUUCCCUGGCAGCUGCAGACAUCCUAAAGGACAUUAUUGACUACACUCAAUCUGUGGUGAUGUGUGAAAUGGGCGAUGAGCAGAAUUGGCAGAAGUACGGUAUCAGGCAUCCAGGAAAUCAGAUAAAGGAGUCAUCAGUGGGCUUGCUGGUGGCUGUGACAGACUGGGAGGCUUUCAUUGGCCACACAGAUGUGCCACCCAAACUCCCUGAACGCAUCCUAAACCUGUUCUUCGCGAACCUCAUUCUGCCCAGUGACAACCUGAGAAAGCUGUCGAAAAAGGGUUUGGGAAACAUGAUGCGGCAUGGGCCAAUCGCUCACAAGGAACUGCAAGCAUGUUUGAAGCCCAUCUUGUCUCGCAUAAAUCAGUACACAAACCUGGACCUCCAGCUGCUGAGGGGUGCAGCUGACGCAUUGGAGCUCCUCUCCGACUGGUUCAACAAGGCGCUGGGAGAGAAGCUCCUGGACCACCUGCGGAAGUGGCUGGAUCCAGACAGCUUGAUGAGCACUCAGAGGGCGUGGCAGCCAGAGGACGACCCCAAGAUUGCGGCAGCCCUGCUGGAGCUGUUCCAUCUGCUCCCAAGCUCUGCCAGCAGCUUUCUGGAGACACAAAAGACUGGCACCGACCGCAUUGGGCUUGUCGUGCUGACCAUAGAGCUAGAGGGUCGGCUGGGCAGGAUGCAGGGGACUGGCCCCAUCCCACGCGUACUGUGGUCGCCAUACCGGGGCCCCCUCACCAAAUUUUUGGUCAAGUAUGCAAAGGCCUCCAUCAACUACUUCCUGUCCCCAACACGGAUGCAGAACAGCAGCUAUUUCCUGCGUUUCAUAGACAUAAUCAAGUCCGAAGUUGGGCAGCCGCUGUUGGAGGAAGUGCUGAGGUCUGGAGACAAACUUGUUUCAGUGCUGAGGGGUGAACCCCUUUCGGAUCCUCAUGGCGGAGUCAGCUCUAUGCCAUCUGGUGCAGCAGCCAAUGGCAGAGUGCCCCCAAUGGCGUCGGUGCAUUCCCUGCACCUGCUUCGCACGCUAGUGAAGCAGAGGCCAAAUUGGCUUGCUGGCCAGGAAGCCCUCUUCAAGCAGCUGAAGGAGAUGUGGCAGUCGCCGCUACGGCUUGAGCGGAUGGAGCGCGAAGAGGACAUGAACCGCAUAGAGGCCAUGGAAAGCAAGGUGAUAGCCAAGUGUCUGCUGAACUACAUCAGUCACCACCACGACGAGGUGGCUACCCUGGUGGACAUCCUCACAAUCUUCACGGUAAAAACAAGCGUGGACUUCAGUUUCCUAGAGACGUUCUGUUCUCGCGUCGUCGCAGAAGAAUACACAGCAGCGGAAAGGCAGGCCGUGCUGACGUAUGUCAUACAAGAGUUUGCGUCUGGUCGGCUUGCGGCUGGCCUUGCUGUGUACACAAUGCGUGUGCUGUUCCGUCCCAUAUUAGCAAAGGCGAUUGAGAAGGGUGAGGGUGACGGGGUGCUGACGGCUGCGAUGGUGAAAGACUUUGUGAACGAGAUGAAAGGGAAAGAGAACGAGAUGAAGACACAGGACCGAGACGUGAGCCUUGAAGUCGAGCUGCUUGGGGCCGCGAAGCAGAUCUUGACUGGCAUGCCGCGUUUGCUGGAUGAUCACCAUCGCAAAGAGCUUCUCAAAUAUGCAUGGAAUUUCUUGAAGUCGGAAAACCUGGACUGCAAGAGCCAUGCUUUCUUGUUGGUAGCUCACAUCCUGAGCUCAUGCCAAUUCACUGACAUGAUCUUCCUCCAGGUGUUUGUGAACCUCUUGAAGUCUGAUUUCACAGAAUCCAAGAAGCACCUGGUGCGCGAGGCACUGGACGUGCUUGUGCCUGCGCUGGUGGAGCGCUUCCAGGGUCAGGAAGAUCAAGACUUCCCCAUCUGGAUACGCUAUGCCCACAAGCACAUGCUUGCCGAAGGCCACAAACUGAACCUCCUUGUGAACCUCUGGCAAAUGGUCGUGCGGCACCCGGACCUGUUCUACAAGUUCCGAGCCCAGUUCAUAGGCCAAAUGGUGCAGACUUUGAGCAGGCUGCGCCUACCCUACAAUGCCAGCACAGAGAACAGGAAAAUGGCCAUCGACAUG